AUGGAAUCACCUAUCAAGAUGUAUCAUUCUAACGAAUUCCCUUCAUCACUCACUAGCCGCACAGCACUUGAUUAUAGUAGCAGCAGCAGUAGCAGCAGUAGUAACAGCACAGUUGUAGCAGAAGCAGCAGCAGUAGCAGCAGUACAUGCAGUAGCGACAGCAGCAGCACUAUCUACGACCUCACCUGUAAAAUACAACAACUACACACCGCAGCCAACACAGCAACCACCACCCCUGUUGCCGCUCCCCUCCACUCCAGCCCCGCCACCUCCCUCCCAGACAAGAUCUGCCAAACAAAUUCGAAGUGACUCAUUUCUAAGUCUAGACAAUUCGCAAGAGCUACAGCAACAGCAGCAGUCUUCAUCAACUACUCAUACAACAACACGCAAGUCAUCAUCAUCGAAGCUUCUAUUGUCAAUAAGUAGCGCAAGUUCAUUCAUCUCUGGCACCAUCAGAGGAACAUCUUCAUCGAACUCAUCAACAUCAUCGACUUCAGCGUCAUCAAUCAAGUUAACCGAGUCAUCAACUGUAUCAAUAUUCCAACCUCCAACUCAAACUCCUCAACAACAACAACAACAACAGCAGCAGCCACACGAGAGCAACAACAAUACAAGCGACAACAACAACAACAACUACUGUACACUAUAUAAUUAUAACAUCAGUCACUAUCAACAACUUACACAAUAUCAACAAAGAAUGACAACUGAACUGUCUGAAGGAGAGAGAAGAUUCGUGUUUGAGCUCGAGGGCAAGGAGCCAGACUUUGUGCUGUGGGUAAAGAAGACAAACAAGAAGGACGUCGUCCAGGACCGUCUGUUUGUGCUCACCCAGUACCGCAUAUACUCGAUCAAGCGUAAUGCCGUCGGCAAGAAGUCGAUCGUGCGUCAGGGCCACCUGUACGACCUGAUCGAGAUCAAGACCGACGACAUUGACCGCGUCCUGCUCAAGUUCACCGGCUUUGUCAUUGACAUCAGUGGCAGCAACACAGGCAUCACCAUACCCAAGAUCCUGAUCAACGCCUUCCACAGAAUCAGUUUCACCUUCUCCCUUGAGGCCUCGCCCUCCCUGAUCAUCAUCCCAGUCGAGAGAGCUGCUCCAGAGGUUGAUCACGUCGAGCCAGGAUUCGCACAUGGCUUCGUUGAAGUAUACAAAGCACAAUGUAAUUACUACGCAACUCCUGUAAAUAAUGACCUAAUUCACUUCCUGGAGGAGACCGUCGAGAAGGGCAGCCGAGUGUUCUGUCUGGACGACUUUUCCGGAAUCGACAAGACCGAUAGCGGCAGCACCAGCACCGCACUCAAUAUGGUGCCCGUGAUGGCAGCCCUGCGCCACAACACCUUCUUUGACACGUUCAUCUGCCACAACAAGACCAGGAAGGAGGUGCCCCUGCUGCUGGCCGACGUCAUGCACCACAACAGAACGAUCGUGCGCGUGGACCUGCGCGGCGUCGAGUCGGACAAGGGCUGGGUGCAGCUUGGUGAGGCGCUCAAGGAGAACCAGUGCAACGAGCUUCGCUUCCUCGAUGUCUCUGACAACCAGGUGCGCGACAAUGGUAUCAUCUCGAUCGCCACAGCCAUCCGCUCGUUCACUCGCGAGUUCUGCCAGCUGACCGCGUCAAACAUCGAGCUACAGUCAAAGGGUGCCGCUGUGACGUUCCGCACUCUGCAGUCAAACUACGCUUCGUCGGGCGGCAUUGAGAUCUUGGACUUUAGCCGCAACCAUCUUGGCGCCGCCGGCUCUGAGCCACUGGCCGACUGGCUGGCCCUGCUCAACACUUCGAACCAGUCGCCAGAGAAGCCCCUCAAGCACAUCAACUUGGAAGGCGCACAGAUUGAGACGCCCCGUAUCACCACGGCCAUCAGACAGGCCAACCUCGCCUACCUCACCUACCUCAACCUCUCGGAGAACAGGAUCAACAACGACGCAGUUCAGUCAAUCUGCCACCUGAUCUCCAAGGGCGAGUACCUCCAAUCGCUGCUUCUACGCGGCUGUGGCCUGUUGGGCGAGCACGUCUCACUCCUGGUCACCGCAUGCACCAACGGACCAGCGACUGGCGGUCGUAUGCUGGACCUGUCGGCCAACAACUUUGGCAAGAAUGGCGCGACGUCGUUCGCGGCCUGCAUCAAGUCGGCGUCAAACAUCGACACUCUGAACCUGGCAAACAACAACUUUAGAAAGAAUGGUAUGACCAGCAUCAUCUCAGCACUCGAGGAGAACUCCACGUUGCGCUCGAUCGAUCUCUCCAACAACUUGAAGAGUGGCAGCAAGGCCGAUGCGGUCGUCGACCAUCUGGCACGCGUCGUCCAGAAGCACUCGACACUCGAGCGUCUGAUCCUCACAGGAAACACCAACAAGGGCUUCUUCCUGGGUCGCGAGCUCUCGCCUCUGGUCAAGUCGAUCAACGAGGAUUCCAAGUUGGUCGAGCUCGAUAUCUCGGGCAACAACAUUGGCGAUGACCUUUGUCGCGAGCUCUUUGAGUCACUCAAGAAGAACACCUACCUGCGCGUGCUGCAGAUUGACAACAACAGCAUUGGCCUGCCGGGUUUCGCUGCCAUGAAGCGUUGCUUCACCGUCAACCGCUCGCUCACCGACAUCCCAGUUCCAACUCGUGAUAUUGCCAAGCUGCUCAGCGCGGCCAAGGACAGAAAGCAGACCAACGACAGAAUCUCCGAGAUACUCAACGACAUCUCCUGGUGUCUGGCCAACAACAAGAACGGCGUUCCCUACACCGACGUGCCAUCGGCCACCAAGACCACCGUGGCAGUGUCCACAUCGGGCCGCUCCACUCCCAACUUCCAGGCCACCACCUACACCUCGAACCCCUCGUCGCCAAUGAUCAACCGCAGCAACGACGACCUUGGAUACUCGCGCGGUCUGUCCAGCAGCAACUUCAACCUGUCAGCCAGCCAGCCAAACAAGCCAACGUACGCCCCACCACCUCCCUUGGUGCCAAAGCAUGCGCCAACGCUCAACAAAUCCAUGUCGUCAAUGUCCGUCUCGAACCGAUCGGCUUCAUCGCUGUCGUUCAGCCAACACCAGCCACCCGCACCACAGUACCAUGCUCCACCACCUCAAGCCGACUACAGCAGCAAUGGAUACAGCAACCACCAGCAACAGGAUCAGUACUACGACAAUCAGAAUGGCGCCAGCAACUACCAGGACACCUCGUACGACAACUCGGCGCAGGGCUACGACAACAAUGGCUACAGCUAUGAUCAACAGCAGCAGGGAUACGACCAGACCGGCUAUGACCAGAAUGGCUACGACCAGAAUGGCUACGAUCAAAAUGGCUAUAACUACGACCAGCAGGGUUACGAUCAACAAUACGACACACCUGUUACUGGCACGGCUAGAGUGCCACCUCCACCGCCCAUGUAG